AUGGGGAGGAAAGAGCUGUUUUCUCUGUUCAAGGCGUUUCUGGACUGCGUUUGUCUCGGCGUAUCUAGGAGCAGCAGAGAAUCUGCAGGCAAAAACGAGCGGGACACUGAAAAUGGUCACCUAAUCUACAAAAGUGGGGACGUUCUGGAGGACAGAUAUGAGAUCGUCGACACGUUGGGUGAGGGGACGUUUGGCAAAGUGGUGCAGUGUUUAGACCACGACAGAGAAGGAAGGAGAAUCGCGCUGAAGAUCAUUAAAAGCUUGGAUAAAUACAGAGAAACAGCCAAACUGGAAAUCAAUGUGCUGGAGAAGAUCAGGGUGAAGGACCCUCACAACAAGCGCAACUGUGUGCAGAUGCUCGACUGGUUUAAUUACUACGGCCACGUGUGCAUCUCUUUCCAACUGCUGUCUCUCAGCACCUUCGACUUUUUGAAAUCAAACAACUUCCUCCCUUACCCAGUAAACCAAAUCCGACACAUGGCGAGCCAGAUCUGCGACGCUGUGAGCUUUCUUCAUGACAAUAAGCUGACUCACACUGACCUAAAGCCUGAGAACAUCCUCUUUGUCAACGCUGACUACUCUGUCAUCUACAACACAGAGAAGAAAUGUAAUGAAAGGAGAAUAAAAGACACAACGGUGCGGCUGGUUGACUUUGGCAGUGCUACCUUUGACCACGAACACCACUCUGUUGUCAUUUCCACGCGUCACUACCGAGCUCCUGAAGUCAUACUGGAGUUGGGCUGGAGCCACCCGUGUGAUGUGUGGAGCAUCGGCUGCAUCUUGUUUGAAUAUUACGAAGGCUUCACACUGUUCCAGACUCAUGACAGUAGAGAACAUCUCGCAAUGAUGGAGAGAGUAGGGGGACCGAUUCCUCUACAAAUGAUUCAGAGAAGCAGGAAGCAGAGAUAUUUCUAUCAUGGCCGUCUCGACUGGAUUGAAUGCUCCAAGGCUGGGCGCUUUGUCAAAUCCAAAUGCAAACCUUUCAGGAACUACUUGUUAUCACAUGGGAGAGAGCAUCACCAGUUUUUUGACCUUCUGGAGAAGAUGCUGGAGUACGAGCCCCUGGAACGCAUCUCUCUUCCCUCGGCUCUGAAGCAGCCCUUCUUCCUGCCCGUCAGUCGUCACGGAAACGCUCAAAUAUGGAGAAACAGCUGUGACAAAAGUAAAUAACACAGAGAAGCUAUUCGAUCCUACGAGGACCAGCGUGUUUGCAAGCCUUUGUGGUUUCACAACAAACCCUGUGCACUUUAAAACUAAAC